AUGUGGCUUCGCCCUGGCGAGCACCGUCCUGGAGCCAUCUUUGGGCAUCCCCUCCCCUGCCCGUCUCCCUCUCCCACCCCAGAGGCCUCUGUGUCCAAGAAGAAGCGCAUGUGCGUGAAGCUGGUGCCCCUGGGAGCUGCGGACACGGCUGUGUUUGACAUCCGGCUGAGCGGGAAGACCAAGACGGUGCCAGGAUACCUGCGAGUGGGGGACAUGGGCGGCUUUGCCAUCUGGUGCAAGAAGGCCAAGGCACCACGGCCAGUGCCCAAGCCCCGAGGGCUCAGCAGGGACAUGCGCAGCCUCUCCCUGGACCCGCCCGGGCUGCCCAGCAAGGGCAGCUUCCCAGAGCGGACGUUGUCACGACUGGGCUCCCGGGCAUCCACCCUGCGGAGGAACGACUCCAUCUACGAGGCCUCCAGCCUCUACGGCAUCUCGGCCAUGGAUGGGGUUCCCUUCACACUGCACCCCCGAUUCGAGGGCAAGGGCUGUGGGCCUCUGGCCUAUUCUGCCUUCGGGGACCUGACCAUCAAGUCUCUGGCAGACAUUGAGGAGGAGUACAACUACGGCUUCGUGGUGGAGAAGACAGCGGCCGCCCGCCUGCCCCCCAGUGUCUCCUAGCCCCUCGCCCGGGGGAGUCCCCAGCCUGGCCCCACCGCACCCCACGCCGGGAGCCCCCGCCACAGGAGAGCCGCCUGCGCGGUGGCGGCCCUUGGCGGGCCCUGAGGGUGGGGCUGGGCGGAAACCAGUGCCUUCAGGUCAUGUGUGUCAAACCCUCCGUGCCCGGUGCUGCCGGGCUCCUGUAAUAAACACUACCUGUUCCCA